AACGGUACUGGAAUCAAUCUGUAUGUAGGGUCUAAUAUAAGGGAAUUUUCAAUCAAAGUAAAACGUAUUAAACGUUGUAAUGGGAGAGAGCCAGUGGAAAGAUUGGACACCAUUUGUUUAUGGGGGUUUAGCUUCAAUUGUUGCAGAAUUAGGUACUUUUCCUUUAGAUACAACAAAAACUCGUCUACAAAUUCAAGGACAAAAAUUAGAUCAAAGAUAUACACAUUUAAAAUAUUCUGGUAUGACUGAUGCCUUACAUCAAAUAUCACGGCAAGAAGGUUUUAAAGCUUUAUAUUCUGGAAUCAGCUCAGCUAUUUUAAGACAAGCUACUUAUGGAACUAUAAAAUUUGGUACCUACUAUUCUUUGAAGAAAGCAGCCAUGGAUAAAUGGAAAACAGAUGACUUGGUUGUUAUAAAUGUUGUAUGUGCUGCAGUAGCUGGUGCUAUUUCAAGUGCUAUAGCUAAUCCCACUGAUGUAGUAAAAGUUCGUAUGCAAGUAACUGGUAGUAACUCAAAUUUAUCAUUGUUUGGUUGUUUUCAAGAUGUAUACCAACAUGAAGGUAUUUGUGGAUUAUGGAGGGGUGUAGGACCUACUGCUCAAAGGGCAGCAAUUAUUGCAGCUGUGGAAUUACCUAUAUAUGAUUACAGUAAAAAGAAAUUUAUAACUUUACUGGGAGACAGUGUUAGUAAUCAUUUUGUGUCCAGUUUUAUAGCUAGUAUGGGAAGUGCAGUAGCUUCUACUCCGAUAGACGUUGUUCGCACUCGUUUAAUGAAUCAAAGGAGGAUACGUACUUCAGGUGGUGUGCUAUCACCUCAUAUUUACAGUGGUAGUAUAGAUUGCUUUGUGCAGACUUUUAAAAAUGAAGGAUUUUUAGCUUUAUACAAAGGUUUUGUACCCACAUGGUUUAGAAUGGGGCCAUGGAAUAUUAUAUUUUUUAUUACAUAUGAACAGUUGAAACAACUAGAUCAUUCACAGUUAUUAAAUAGUAAUAAAUAA